UCAGUCGAUGCGCUCAGUGUGACGUUCCUUAUAUACGCAGAGUUUGUAUUGUAACACUUUAUCAUGGCUUCGUGGCGAGAAUAAUCCAGUUGCAUUUCUACUACUCAGCUUUUUGCUGCUUAAUUUGCACGAGGUGUUUGUGAGACUCAAAAUGAAGAAGAACGACUGCCCUUUUAACAUGGGUACAACUGACACCUAUCUCCCCUAAUCGGAUGGCGGGGGAAAUAAGGGGGUAAUUUACUUCGUUUUGGGGUUUAGAGGUAAAGGAAGAAGCGGUGAACGGCGGGAAGGUAGAACCAUGGAGGGCCUUGUCUGAGGUGUGUUCACCAUAGUACUCCUAGCUGGCAUCUUAAGUAGCAUAACAUUCAAGUAGCAGCAGUCAUGGCUGAGAGGGCGAACUUUGGGGCUCAGAGGGUCUCAAGGCCACAGGGCUCACUCCCGCCAGAACCCAUCGACAUUAUCCGGACAAAAGCCAGAUCCAGAAGAGUCCGGAUCAAUGUGGGAGGAUUGGUCCAUGAGGUGCUAUGGAGAACCCUGGACCGACUGCCACGAACCCGUCUGGGGAAACUCAGAGACUGUAACACCCAUGAAACCUUAAUGGAGAUCUGUGAUGACUACAGUCUAAAUGAUAACGAGUAUUUCUUUGAUAGGCACCCGGGUGCCUUUUCCUCAAUUUUAAACUUUUACCGGACGGGCAAGCUACACAUGAUGGAAGAGAUGUGUGCUCUGUCUUUUGGUCAGGAGCUUGACUACUGGGGCAUUGACGAGAUCUAUCUAGAGUCUUGCUGCCAGGCGCGAUACCAUCAGAAGAAGGAACAGAUGAAUGAAGAGCUGAGGAGAGAGGCUGAAACUCUCAGGGAGAAGGAAGGAGAUCAGGUGGACACAGGCUGCUGUCCAGACAAAAGACAGAAGCUCUGGGAUUUGCUGGAGAAACCAAGUUCUUCUGUGGCAGCCAAGAUUCUGGCUAUAAUAUCCAUCCUGUUUAUCAUUCUCUCCACGAUUGCAUUAUCACUGAAUACUUUGCCUGAGCUACAAGUGAUUGACGAAUUCGGACAAUCUAAUGACAAUCCAAACCUGGCCCAUGUUGAAGCUGUUUGUAUUGCCUGGUUCACUAUGGAAUAUCUUCUCCGGUUUUUGUCUUCUCCCAACAAGUGGAAGUUCUUCAAAGGGCCACUGAACGUCAUUGAUCUGUUGGCUAUACUCCCCUAUUAUGUCACAAUAUUCCUGACAGAAUCCAACAAGAGUGUCCUCCAGUUUCAGAAUGUGCGCAGGGUAGUACAGAUCUUCAGGAUUAUGAGGAUUUUAAGAAUUCUAAAACUUGCGAGACACUCUACUGGUCUUCAGUCUCUUGGGUUCACCCUCAGAAGAAGCUACAAUGAACUUGGACUGUUGAUAUUGUUUUUAGCUAUGGGCAUCAUGAUCUUCUCUAGCCUGGUGUUCUUUGCUGAAAAAGAUGAAGAUGCUACAAAAUUCACCAGUAUUCCCGCUUCUUUCUGGUGGGCAACAAUUACCAUGACAACUGUGGGUUAUGGGGAUAUCUAUCCGCAAACCCUCCUGGGCAAAAUAGUGGGUGGUCUCUGUUGUAUUGCUGGUGUGUUAGUGAUCGCACUGCCUAUCCCUAUUAUUGUGAAUAACUUUUCUGAGUUCUACAAAGAACAAAAAAGACAAGAGAAAGCUAUCAAACGAAGAGAGGCUCUUGAGAGGGCCAAGAGGAAUGGCAGCAUUGUGUCAAUGAACCUGAAAGAUGCCUUCGCUCGCAAUAUGGAGCUAAUAGAUGUUGUAAUAGAAAAGGGUGAGGAGAAGGGCUCAGAAAAUCAUCUUUCUCCAAGCAGGUGGAACUAUCAAAAGAGCUCCAACUCUGACAUAAGUUCCAAAGCCUAUGAAGCAAAAUAUAAAGAAAUAGGCCAGUUGGGUUCUCCAGAUCGAGUCUUCGAACCUAGUUCAAGCCCUCAGCGGCUGAACGCCAAAUCCCUCGAACAAAUGUACAACCAGAUGACAUCUCCAUCAGCCAUAAGCUGCAUUGGACCUUCAGCUUCUAAAGGCUGCACUUUCGGUAGAGAAGAAGAGAUGGAGAUGAAGGUAGUCCAGCAUGAACUUUUUCUAAAAGAAAGACCCAUUACUGAGAUCAGAAGCCUGUCCAGCGUUGACAGCUUCACUAGCUGCGCCACCGAUAUCAGUGAGGUUGAGAAAAGCGCACUACUGCCCAAUAUUUCAGGAAUACAGAGGCAUCCACGUGCUCCUCCCCCACUUGACCUUCGCCAGAUUACCUCUCUGGAAAAACGAGCACCUGAGAAAUCACGGCAGCCCACAAUCAUCAAAGAGGGCCUCUAUGAGUUUGUCCAGUGCAACCCCGAGAGCAGUGCCACGCCGAAGGGUGAGGAGAAUCAAAGCUUCGAUCCCAGUGGUGAAAAUGUGAGGAGCUCUCCAAGAGAAAACAGCCAAGUUAAGGUCAAGGGACUCAAAGUGAACUUCACUGAAUCUGCAGACGAGGGGGCUUCCAACUUGCAUUUAGUUGUGACAGAUGACAUGGCAUCACUGACACCAAAACUACCAGAAUCUGACCCAUUACUGCUGGCCGGUUCUCUUCGACAGAGUCCGAGAUCCCCAGGAAAAGGCUUUGAAGGGGAUGGACCAACAAGCUCUCCAGGUUUCAGCGUGUCCCCUUUUGAAAGCCAAAGAGGGAGAAACCAUGUUGAUAGAGCAGCUGUUUCUCCCACUUCCCCUAAAAGUGCACUAAACUGUGUUUCAGCCAUGGUUGCUGCCACUGGAGGGGAAGACAGCAUUCAAAGUGGACAGAAGGUGGACAACCACCUGCUUUCCCCGGAUAUUCUCAAGUCAUCAGGGGAUGGAGGUCGGUCACCACCAUGUGAAACUAGCAUGUAAUGCACUGAGCAGCCAGCAUUGACAUGUAGAUUCACAAAAUGAAUGCAUCUAAGGCAGUAUGUGGACAGAAAGAGGCAUACUGAUGUAGAGAAUAAGUCUUUCUUUUGUCUGUACAACUCAGCGUCUUUGAAACUAUUAAUCAAUGAUGGGACUGCAUAUCUGCAGAAAUUGACUAUGAUUUUGAGAGAAAAUGUCUGCUCCCAGUUCAAGAGCUUACUGACAUUCAUGAACAGAACAUCCUCUUAUUAAAACAUAAUUAUUAUUUUGUAUGACCCUUAAUGUGAAGGCUUAGAUAGCUGUGUCAUAUACAUUGUGAUGCAUAUAGUGAGCCAGGAAACUGACAUUUUGACGAAAAUUUUAGAUUUGUAGUCCACUGAGUAGAUGUCAGAAGCGUACAUGUUUGUAAAAGGCUAACCACUGUAGCAUGUGUUAGGUUCGAGUAAUAGUUCUGACCAAAGUGCUACCAGUGUUAUUUGGCAGUUAGCGUUUUACUUGAAAUAAUAUUUUUGACCAAAAUAUGCCUUUUGAUUUGAUUUCAUGCUGAGUGCUAUGCCUCAGUGGUAAUAUGUGAAACAACACAAGUCUUCAGUUGUCUCUAAUCCAUUUUUAUUUAAAUGUCCCUUGACCAAGCACUACAAAAGGAAAAAGAACAAAAAAUAAAGCUUGUCAGUGCUAAGUAUAAUUCUGAUAUCUAGAUGAGCAUGUUGGUUUCAGUGUAACAUGAGGGUGACUGUUCACAUUUGCAUCGCUGUUUAGUUGAGCCAUAGUCUACUUAGAAAAUACAUAAAUUCAUUGUAUAAAUUGUUUGGCAGGUUACUGCUGUGGACAACACUCCACAUCAGUAUAUCUGUGAAAACGUAUAGAAAAAUCUGUUUUGUUGCCUUUACUUCAGAAACAGCUGAGGAAAUAACCUAUGACGCACAUGGUAAAUUAACUGCCCUCUGCUGGAUGAAGGAAAUGGCACUUUAUUUCUGAGACAUCAGCUUGACUGAAAUGGAAAUAUUGUACAUUUAAUUAAUGUUAUUUUAACGUUCGUCUCCUGAUGUUCAAUACGAAUGCUCUAACAAAGAUGUCAAUUGAUGUCAACACCUCAAAGCUCCACCGUGAAUUGUAUGAUUUGUAUAUUAACUGUAUAUUCAAGACAUUAUCUGCUACAUCCAUGUAGUGUGUAGAAACACAUUUGUGGUGUCAAUCAUACUCAAGCAAUUUUUAAGAAAAAUUAGGCAGGACCACAAAUCCUGCAUUAAAUAUUUAAAGCUGUGCCUUUUCAUAAACAGUCAUUUAUGAGAAGGUGUUAAGAUAUUUGUUUUGGUUCAGAUAAUUCUGUACAGAAAUUCUACUUUUUAUAGAGUAAUAAAUGCAAAUACAACUAAGUUCUCAGGUUUAUUAUGUAAUCUUGAAAGCCCUAAUGCCAUGGUUUGUUUCUAUAUUCAUCUUUUUGUUAGUCACAUUAAAGGACGUCUAUAAAAUGAAAAAUAUCACUGAACGGAAUUAAAAGCACUGCACGAUCAUUUACUUGCACAAGCAGACAUCAUGAGCAGAUUUAUCAUGAAUAUGACUUAAACAUUGUUAUACAGACUUAUUUCUGCAUUCAAUCUCAAUUGUGUUUUUCAUUAGGUUUGGUCCCUAGUUUGUACAUCAGUAUGUGACAUUAGAUGUUUAUAGUUGUACAUACUUUCUUUGAAAUAGUGACUGCAUUAUUCCAGAUUCCUAGAACGACCAUGAAAUAACAAAUAAAUGUUUGUACAGGACUCUAUGAUUACUUUCUUCAAGUUGAAAAUUUUAGUACCCUUUCAAGUACAUCUUGAGGUGGUAUCUUGGUAAGAAACUUCAAGUUAUGAUGAGGGGGACCUUCAAACAGCCUCUGCCAUCUUUUAGAUGAAGUUCAGACUUCAGAGACAAAUAUUUUACAAAGCAUUACAUUAGCAAGGCCUAAAUCGGGGUGUCCAAACAAAAUGUUAACCCUUGUUAUAGCCAAUGGACACAG